AUGCUGUUCGUGCGCCAGCUGGUCCGGCCACUGCUCGCAGCGCUGGUUCUGGCGACCAUGGCAACAGCCCAGAAUUACGGCUCCGUCGUAACCAUAGGGUCUCCGACGUCAGACUCGUCCUCGUCGGCUACUAGAACCUCAACAUCGACUGGUAUCGCGACUCAUACAAUUCAAGUUGGACAUAAGUCUGAUCCACAUCAAUAUUUACCCAGCAGCAUUACGGCCAAUGUUGGGGAUAUCGUCACCUUCCAAUUCUAUCCCACCAAUCAUUCGGUCGUGAAAGCAGACUAUCUCGCGCCAUGUGUGCCAGCUAGCGGGGAUAUCUUCUAUUCGGGAAUGUUUGACACGUUCAAUGAAGUGGAUGGACAACUCAUCGGGGACCCUCCAACUUGGUCACUUAGGGUAAAUGACACUAAGCCAACGUUUUUCUAUUGUACCGCAAUAGACUCUUGUUUGAAGAAUGGUAUGGUUGGCGUGAUAAAUCCGAAUACGACCGAGACAUUUACUUCACAAUACAAGAAAGCACUUGACUAUCCUUACAUGCUAGUCCCUGGGCAAUCCAUGCCCGCUGAAGGCGGGGGUACUUCAACAGAAACAAGCACAAGCUCAACCACAAGCGCAACAAACAGCGGCAGCUCAUCCGGCAAACACGGCCUGUCCACCGGAGCUAUCGCAGGUAUCUCCGUCGCAGCAGUAGCAUUCGUGGCAAUUCUGGUAGCGCUAUUCUUCGUCCUCGGUCGCAAUCGUGUAUACUCGCAGUGGAUGUCCUCUCAAGACGGACGCACUGAGCGAACGGCACGGUGGGCACUGUUCAACUCGGACGCCCAUAGCAACAGCAACCGCAAGAGUGAGAUGUCCAACAGUAGCACGAAACCCACCCACAUUGAUAUCAGUGCUGUUUCCAGCCCGGAUCCGAAUGUGCGUACAUUUUCACCGGCGACAGAGAAUAUUUCCUCGCAUGGAUCUCCGUCGACACAGCAGGGUCAUUGGAGUUGGAACGAGCCACCACCAGCGCACCGCCCGCAUCUGGCACCAACGGAGUUGGAGGGUCAUCCUAUGAUUUACGAGGCACCGGAUAACAAUCGAUCUUGA